CCACCAACUACUCGGCCUUCCUGAGGAGGAGACGCUGGGAUCCCGUACCUUCACACAGACCGGACAGCGAGACACAGAGAACGGGAAUGGGAGGAGCCAAUUCCAGAGAAACGAUGAAUCCGCCCUCAAACUCCACAUUCUUCAAUCCACAAGAACUCAAGGAUCUUUCUUCUGCUUAUGGAUCGGGUGGGCUGGAAGCGUUGGCUUCUCUGAUCCAGGACAAGGUAAACCAUUUGAACAGCACCAAGCUUCACAUCGCAGUGACAGGAGAAUCGGGUGCAGGGAAAUCAAGCUUCAUCAACGCUAUGAGAGGGCUCCGAGGCUGUGAUGAGGGAGCAGCUAAAAUUGGGAACACAGAGACCACAAUGGAGCCAACCCAAUACAAACAUCCCAGCUUUCCAGAAGUUUCUUUCUGGGAUUUACCGGGAGUUGGAACCGUAAACUUUCCAGCGAAGGAAUACCCGACCAAAAUGAAAUUUGAACAAUACGACUUUUUUAUCGUUAUCUCAAGAAAUCGAUUCACGGAAAUUGAUGCAAACCUCGUGAAGGAGGUUAAAAAGCUCGGGAAGAUGUUUUACUUUGUGCGAACUCAAAUUGACAACGACAUCAGAUCAUAUCUAUUUGAGGCUGUUAAUGCUGACAGAGAGGCAGAACUAGCCAAGAUCAGGAAUUACUGUAUUCGCAGCUUGGAAAAAACAGGGAUUGCAGAGCCCACUGUUUUCCUUAUAUCAAGCAUAGAAAUUAAUGAAUUUGAUUUUGCAGAAUUACAGAAAACUAUUGCAAAUAACCUCGAUGAUAUAAAGAAAGAUGUUUUCCUGAAGUCACUCCCAAGUACAACGUUAAAUAUUGUGAAGGAGAAAGAAGUUCAACUAAAGAAACGAAUCUGGAUGUUGGCAACAAUUGCAGGAACGUUAGGAGCUGUGCCAGUUCCUGGAGUGGCCAUUGCCUGUGACAUUGGGUUACUGAUCACUGCAAUUAUAGAUUUUCGGAAGUAUCUUGGCCUGGAUGAUGCCUCUAUUCAAAGACUGGCUAAUGCGACAGGGAAACCUGUGGAAGUUCUGACAGCAGAAGUGAAAACCCCUCUCGUGGGUGAAAUAAAUAAGGAUCUUGUGAAAAGGAUGUUAUUGGGUGGCACUGCUGUGGGCAUCGCGGGUGUCGAGACCGCGUUUAAAUUUAUACCAGUUAUUGGUUCAAUUUUUGGAGCAGGAACGUCAUUUGGAAUGACCUACUCUCUGCUGAAUAAUGCUCUUGAUCAGCUUGUGCAGAAUACACAGGAAGUGGUGAAGGCUGCGUUCGACAAUGCUUGA